ACCUCCCCCAAAAUCAUCACUUACGGGACAUCGGGGAAUUUGUACUUAAAACCAGGCUUUACGAUUUAGUCAACAACUAUUUGUACCUAUUAACAUAUAACAUACCAUCUAGGAUCUACUGUACAACACAUUGUCCUGCGCAAACCACAGUUUGACCUUCGCGGAAGAGACUGCUUUCAAAUAUAGCUGUCCCACAACAACCUCUUCAAGGGUCUUCGGCAGGACAGUCAGGUGGCACCACUGGCUGAGCCAUGCCUCUGUUCUUCAGGAAGAGGAAGCCGAGUGAGGAUGCCAAGAAGCGGCUGGAGUAUCAGCUGUGUCUGUCCAAAGAGGCAGGGGCUGAUGACGUCCUCGAUUUGUCUUCCUGUGAGCUGACUGAGAUUCCCUCCAGUGCCUUUUCCAUAAGUAAAGUGCUCCAGAAGAAGGCCUUCAUCCUCAGUGAUAAUGAACUGAAGUCACUUGUACCGAAAGGAUGCUCAGUCAGUCACCUCAUCACGGUGAAGCUCCUAGAUCUCCACAACAAUAAGUUGACCUCUCUCCCUGAUGACAUCGGACAGUUGACAUCACUGCAGGUGCUGAACGUGGAGAGGAAUCAUUUAAAAGGACUGCCAAGAUCUAUAGGAGAUCUGAGAAGUUUGAAAACACUUAAUCUCAAAGGGAACUGUCUGAAUGAGCUGCCUGCCUUUGUGGGACAGCUGAAGAGCCUGAAGACUCUGGAUUUGAGUGAGAAUAACAUCAGGGAACUACCAAAGGAAUUGGCCAACGCACGGUGUCUGGAGAAACUGGUGCUGGACACAGCACAGAUGACUUAUCCUCACUCGUCUGUGUGUGCUGCCGGCACAGAGGCUAUUCAGCGCUUCCUGUGUGCUGAGCUGGGUGUGGAGUACUGUUUACCAUCCGAGUACCAGCCCCCUCCAGAGGCCAAGGCAGAGGAGAACAUCAGCAUGGAUGAGCUGGACCUGACCUGGCAGAGCAAUUACCUGGAGUAUGAGAAGAGAAAGGAUCAGAAGCACCAUGAGAAGCUGAUGUUUGAGCAGGAGCUGGAGGUGAAGCAGAGGCAGCAUGCCCAUCUGGUCUGCCUCAACAACUCCCACAAGGAGGGCAUACUACUGUCCGUCAAAGAGGAGCAGGAGCGUCUGGAGCGGGGGCUGACUAUGCAGCAGGCGGCCCUGGAUGUGGCGAGGCAGCGCACCCUGCAGAAGGUGCGGGAGGCCGAGGACAACAUCAGCAGCCGCAUCAGCAGCCUCCUGCUCGACAACUCACGACAACUGAAGACUGCAGAGGUACUCCAGGCUCUGGAAGAGGACAGGAUACGUGUGGAGCAUCUUACAGCAGUGACCCAAGAGGAAGCUAACUCACUGAGAGAGAAAGAGGUGGCAUUGGCCAUGAAGAAGAUGCUGUCUGAGGGUUUCUCCAUGCGUCUGCUGCAGGAGGCUAAUGAGGGCAGGAGGCAAAGUCUUGUGACCGCAACCUAUCAAAGUAUGGAGAAUCAGGACAGGAAGCUGGAACAGGUGUUGUCCCUUCAGCAGCUGGAUCAUUCCAAAGCUGUGGCCGAGAUCCUACAGGAGGAGGAAAUGCAGAAGGCCGCGUUUGAAGCCUUGCAGCUUCAGAAAGACUGUGUGCAUGGCUACAUCCGAAAUCAGAUUAAGCUAAUAGAAGCAGAGUUAAUGCAGCUGACAAAACUGGAGGUUAAGAGGAGAGAUCUGGACGCUGAGAACCUGCAGUUUGUGAUGGCGGAUCAGCGGACGGCGCUGUCAGACAUGCUGCAGGUGCUGCUGAAGCAGAAAGACCAAAGGGAGAAGGAGCUGAAGCAGGUUCUGGUGGAACUGGAACAGAAGAGUGAGGCCAAUUUCACUAAUUACUGGAUGAUCCAGUAUCAGAGACUACUGGACUCCAAGCCUCUUGCUAUAGCCAUGGAGGAGGCCGGUGUUGACCGUGAGUUGGUGAGCCUGCUGUCCAAGCUGUCGGCAGAGCACUACCUGCCCAUCCUGGCACACCACCGGGUCACGGCCGACACACUCAAACACAUGACUGCCAGUGACCUCAGCAAGAUCGGUAUCAAUGAGGUAGGCAUACAGAAGGCUCUGCUUAACUGGGCAAAGACGCAGGUGUCCAUGCCAACCAAAGUUGCGCUCCCAGCUGAGCCUGAAGAGGAGCAGCAGGAGGAGGAGGAGGAGGAGGAGGAGGUGGCUGGUCCGUCCCAGCCCACUGCCCCAUCUCCGGACUACACCCCUCCCAGGACCCCCUCCGCCCCCAGCCCCAUAGACAGCCCCGCCAGCUCCGAGUGUGUGGUCUGCAUGGAGCAAGGGUCCCAGGUGAUCUUCCUGCCGUGUGGUCACGUGUGCUGCUGCCAUCGGUGCAGUGACGCCCUGCAGACGUGCCCGCUGUGCCGUGCCGACAUCGAGCAGCGCGUACGCCUCUACCACGGCUGAGGAGCACCUCUCCCACUCCACACCACUGCCCUGACUUACUCCCUUCUCCACCCCCCAUCUCCAUCCCUUCCCAUCUGCAGUACCUACCCAUCACGUCCAAUUGCAGCAACCACUAAUGCAUUUCUGAGGCACUGCCUGCCAGUCGUCCGCCCACCCGCCCGGCUGUCUGUCUGUCUGCAUGCACUCUCCCUCAUCUAUAUUAGACUGCACUUUCUGCACGUACUGUAAAAUACAGUACGGCAUCAACAUCACGAUUUUCACAAACCCACUGUCGUCUUCAUCACCCUCGUCUUCCUCACUCUCUUUGCCAAGGUCUUAAUCAUAUGCCGAAAACUGUAACGCCUGUUCAAUCAAACCAAGGGAUGCCGACAGGGGGGCUCUGUGAAAGAUUUUUAGUGACUUUAGAAUUCGCAGGUUAAUAGUGUGGUCAGACAGCAGGUUCAAGAGAAGAUUUAUUUAAGGAAAUCUUGGUAAUGGUCUUGAGUGAAAGAUGAGUGAAUGAGCAUAUGUAUCAACCAAGGGUGAUUAUGAUGAAAGAAAAAAACACAACACAUCAAAGGGAAGUGUACUGUGUGUUUUUUUUAGUUUUCAUGCAGUUCAGACACUUUUAUCCAAUGCCUGCCAUCAGUUGGUGUGGCUACUCUUUAUUAUUUUCAAGUAUAAAGCUGCGGUCUGAAUGUAAAAUGUGAAAGUAUCUUGACGUAACACUUUUUGUUUGUCUGUCUUGCAAUUUUAUGUAUGACAUUUCAUGAUAUUAUCUUAACUGUUGUAAUUCUUGUUUUGAUUCAGUUAUUAUUAUACAUAUGAAUACCAAUGCGUUUAUGUGAUCCAAUAUCUACACCUCUGUCGGUAAGCACUCUAAACUGGACUUCAGAGCAAGAUGGCAUGAAUCUGUUUUCAGAGGUGACAAAAGUACAAGUAAACUCAUAGUGUAAGUACAACACCAGUAGAUGAUGUUUUCUUUUUACUUUUGACACCUCUGUCUGUUUUACACUGAUGCGUGCCUUUUUCUAGUUAAUCAGCAUUUCACAUCGGGCCAAGCCGGAGUGGCCCUCCAUUGUAAAGCUUAUUGUUUCUAUGGCGCUUGGCUUGUGCAAUGGGCAGUUCAACUAUAAAGAUAAAGACCAUACUGGAAAAGAGUUCUGCUUAGUACCGCAUUAAAAAAAAGAAAGAGGUUAACACUGCUUGGAUGUUGCUUUGCAAUACCACUUAUUUUCAUAAUGCAUAUGUCAUUUUUGGGUUAAAACCAAAACAUCAUUAAAAGUUUUGUAAUUUUGUGUUGUCCAUAUCCCAUCUUUAACCAAAUGACCCUUCCCCAUUCGUUACUGCGUGAGAUGUUUUGUUACAACGUAUGCCUGUGCUUUAAGCCAUUCAUUCAUAUAAUAUGCUUUGUUCAAAGACAUUUCACAUGUAAUUUUUAUCGUCUUGUAUACACAAUCUCCUGUGACAGUCUCUACAAGUGCUCUUAUUAUUGAUACUAACUGUGCAUGCUUUUCCAUCGCAUUUCUGUACAUACAGUAUAUAUCUUGGAUGCUGGUGACCAUUGAGUGCUAUGAAGACAAAUAAAUUAUUUGAUUCUGAAUUCACCACCACUUCACAUGGAGGUUGCAUAGAGUGUGUUGCUUUGAAAAACAGUAGAUGCAAAUAUUCACUACCAAUAGACAGUGCCUGACACACAGCUUGUGGAACUAACACUUAAGACAUUUUCCACCAAACUUUUUCCAAUCACACCGGGUCACAUUAUAUUAUAUAUCUUCACACAGUUAUUGGUUAUGUAUCCAUCUAUCAUUUUAACUAUCACACUUCAAUAUGCCAUCCUUUCUAACCUGCCAUCCCCAUCAAAUUCCAACCUAAACACAUGCAUACUGAACAUCAUGUGGCUGUUAAGUGUGUUGCUUUAAUAUCUGCAUAUGUAUGUAUGUUAAUGUGAACAUUUGCCGCCCGUGGCUAUCAGCAUAUACGGUCAUGUACAGCAUAUCCCUUCACUAGUACAUUAUUAGUGUAGUGUGUGAGUCUAUGCAAAUAAAUACAUUGAGCUGAAAGU